AACGACAUUGUUUCGGAUUUCAUGGUCAGACUGCAGUACUUGAGCAAAGAGAGUCCCACCAGCAACAUAGUCCAGGACUUGGCGAAUGAGUUCUAUCGCUUCGCUUUUGAAGGGGUCUCCUUUAUCGUGUUUGAGACUCGGACUGGCUGUCUGAAUAAACAGAUCCCCCCAGAGACACAGAAGUUUAUCAAUUCAAUCGCUGAGAUGCUGAGGAAUUCCACCUAUGCCCAGUACCUACCUGUAUGGACCAGAGGAAUCCUACCCUACUGGAAAAAUUACUUAGAUGGCUGGGACAGAAUCUUUGCUUUUGGGAAGAAGCUGAUUGAUAAGAAGAUGAGUGAGAUCCAGGAAAGGCUGGAGAGGGGAGAGGAGGUGCAGGGGGAGUACCUGACCUAUCUGUUGUCCAGCGGAAAGCUGACCAUGACCGAGGUGUACGGCAGUGUGUGCGAGCUGCUGCUGGCCGGUGUGGACACCACAAGUCCCACAUGGCUGUUUUGUCCAUGUGAGCGACCCUGAAUGGCAGACCACCGCCAUCUAAUGUCCAUCUUAAUGUAUUGCAAGUAAUAACAUUUCUAUGGUUACAAAAGCCUAAGUCCCGCCUCUGUCCUUCACCACCAUUAUUCUUCUGCUACUGCCACUGACACAUGUCUUCCUCCUAUAGGUUGUAUCCUGUUAUUCCGACCAAUGCAAGAACCAUCACUGACAAGGAGCUGGUGAUUGAAGGUUACAAAUUUCCCAAGAGGACUCUCUUCGCCUUCUGCCAUUACGCCAUCUCCAGAGAUGAAGCCCACUUCCCGAAUCCGGAGGCGUUUUAUCCCCAGCGGUGGCUGCGGGAAGAAGGGAUGACCCACCACCCAUUCAGUUCAAUUCCUUUCGGCUAUGGGGUGCGAGCCUGUGUUGGCAAGAGGAUCGCCGAGCUGGAGAUGCAUCUGGCACUUUCACGGAUUAUCCGGAUGUUUGAGGUUAAACGGAUCCCAAACUCGGAGAAGUCAAAUCAAUCGCACGUAUCGUCCUAUCGGCAAACCGACCCAUAAACCUGAGGUUCCUAGAGAGGAAAUCUGCUUAA